AGUAUCAUCAAACCCCAUCACCUAGAACAACACAAAGAGAAAAAAAAACAAAAAAAAAACCCCUCUCGACGAGUCCGAAGUUUCAAAAUGAGAAACACGAACGGUAAAAGAGUCAGAGUCGAGCCAGUGGCGAGAAUGGCGGAGCCGGUGGUUCCUAAUAGGUUUGUAGGAAGAUCAUCAUCUACCGACACGUUAUCAUCGCAAAGCUCGUGCCUGUCGACGGUGGAGGAAGUGAAGGAGGAGGUUGCAUCGUCGUGGGUUGAUGAUGAAGAAGAGAUGCUGGACAUGGUGGUGGUGGGAUGUUGCAGAUGUAUGAUGUAUGCUUUGGUCUUGCAAGAACGUCAACGUUGCCCCAACUGCAAAACCACCACCCAUUUGAUCACCUUUGAUUAGAAACUUGUUAUGCAGUAAUGGAUUUCGAAUUUGGACUUUUUGAGUUUGGGAUGAUGAAUUUAAUGUUCUUUGUAAAGUCCUCUAUAUAUAAAAAUCAUAUUAUUAAGUGUCAAUCUCUAUUUUUAUAUGCAAAAAUUGACAGAGAGAUCAUUUCUGUUUC